AUGGGCUCUACAGACUCCCUACCUGCCGGUCUCCCGGUCAAGAAUCCCACGACUCCCUUUUGGAGAACCGAAUUGCAUGCCCUCGAUGACCUGCGAACUACCCCGGAAUUGCCUCAGGAGAGCGACAUCGUCAUAGUUGGCGCUGGAUAUGCCGGAGUCAGCAUCGCAUAUCAUCUACUGAAGCAACAAGACCAGCAAAGUCAACAUCACCCGUCGAUAACUAUUCUUGAAGCGCGACAAAUCUGUUCGGGUGCCACCGGCCGUAAUGGUGGUCAUAUUCGACCUGAUUUGUAUGGUCACAUCCCGACAUACAUUGAACGGCAUGGAGCGGAGGCCGGUGCAGAACUGGCUAAUUUUGAGCUUUCUCAUGUUAAAGCCUUGAAAGAUGUCAUUUCUGAAGAAGGGAUUGAUUGUGAUUUCAACAUCACUCGGAAUAUGAACGUGUAUCUCAACGAAGCUCAUGGUGAGAAGGCGAAACAGAAAUAUGAGGCACUGGCAUCCCAGUCGCAUUCGUUUGUCGAGGACAUACAUUACACGCCACAGAAGCAUGCUGAAGGAAUAUCUGGCGUCAAAGGUGCCAAGGCUUGCAUGUCCUAUACUGCAGGCACGAUAUGGCCUUAUAAGUUUAUUCUGGGAUUGCUUUCGAAGAUUAUGGGUUAUACUGCUCUUAAUGUGCAAACGCACACUCCGGUCACGUCUGUAACAUCAUCUGACUCCAGUCACUUGGUCCAUACUUCGCGCGGAUCGAUCCGUGCUUCCAAAGUCAUCUAUGCUACGAAUGCAUAUACACCUAGCUUACUCCCAGAGUACUCCUCGAAUAUUGUGCCCGUUCGUGGAUUAUGCUGUCACAUCACCGUCCCCGAGGGCAAGCAUGCUCCUUUCCUGCCAUACUCUUACAUCCUCAAUGGAGACGGAUGCAGCUACUUGAUUUCCCGGCCAGAUGGAAGUAUCAUCGUUGGCGGCGCCCAAUACACAUUCAAAGAUGCGAAGGAGCAGUGGUACGGUGUGGUAGACGACAGCACACUCAUUGAGCCCGCAAAGGACUAUUACAAUGAUUACAUGCAGCGCACGUUCCAUGGCUGGGAGGACAGUGGUGCAUAUGUCAAGGAGAUUUGGACUGGAAUUAUGGGCUAUUCGUAUGACUCCAACGCCCACGUUGAUCAUAGAGCAAAGCGCGUGAUGUACAUUCUCAAAAAGGAGCAGGUCCACUGCGCGAAGACGGCAACAAUCCCUUUGCUACGCGCGGCACACUUUUCGUUGGAGAAGCCUGAGACUUUGCUACAGGCUAUUGACAUUCACGCCGUGUCGUCCCAGGAGCUCUGUGAAUGGAUUACCAAUUUACAACAUAUAUUGGCCGAGGGUCAUGAGAUGGGUGCUGUGAAAGUGUUUGAUCGGUUUUUGGUCAAGGUCAAUGCUGAGGUCGGUGGUGUUUGA